GUACACUUGUGCGCCGCCCACCACCAGCGGCCGCCCGGCACCACCACCCCGCACUCCACCCGGCCGCCCGCUCAGUGACCACCCAACCACCGCCUAACGUGUUUUCCACGCCACUACGCCAUUCUCUCCUCUAUCCGCACAUGGAUUAGUUUUCUUGAAAGCUUCUUUUCUCUGUCUUUUUCAUCUGGAUUCUACGAUGCUUUGUGAAUGUCUCGUAGGCCACGCCCCCCCACCCUCUCUAACAGGACUAUAACUUGAUGCGGAUCCACUUAGCCAAGUAUUCGAGCUUAAGGGCCUGGAGUGGGACUGUGAUGCGUGGCGUCCCCGCGAUUCCCGAACGUGGCGUGUAGGGUCGUGGUGCAGCGUGCAGGAGACUGUACUAUGUGCCCUGCGUGUCCCCGGGAGUGUCGCGACCUUCCUCCCACACUCCCUGCCACGCUCCCUCGGUUCAGACAACUCCCUCAGGCCUGCACCACGAAACACAUGAGCAAGUCCUCUCCUCCCGAACAAACCUCACGACACACGCGUCUGCUUCUAUAUGAAACUCAGAGCAAUUACUUGUAUUUACGCCCUCGAGGACUGCCUGUCGUGGAGGAAGACUGCGAACCUCAGAGCCGCGGAGAGGAAGAGCCUUGCUCCGUCGGGGCGAGACCGUCUGUGCUAGACGAGACGAGUACAGUUCAAACUAUGUGUCGGGCGGAAGACAGGCUCCGCUCAGAUCUCCCGCAGGAGGCACCCUGCCCAAGCUCCGCCGUCAGUAGGAGCCUUUGUGGGAGGGAGAGCCUCUCACACACCCCCGCCGCUCCUAGUGGCACGCUUUGUGUAGCACCCUCAGGACGCUAUUUGCUCAUGUCUCUGGUCCUGUGCCUCCUGCUGGCGGGAGGCGCAAGUGGCAGUGAGUUCCCCGACAGAGAGUGUUGCGACAGCGUGCCACCGCCGCCGCCGAACUACCAUCACGCCACAUCCACCACAACCACCACCACACCGCCCUCGCCCAGGGCCGCCAACAACUCCUCCUCCGCCAAUGGGGGUAAGUGCCAUUUCUCGUCUUAA